UCAGAGUGCUCAUUUGAACAAGAACCGCUACGAGGGACGGUGGAAGAGCGGCCCAGCAUUAAUAAAUCAACGAAAAGUCAUUAUUGUACGUACUAUAUUAACGAUGGAGUGGCAGCCAGAUGAGCAGGGGCUCCAGCAGGUCCUUCAACUGCUCAAGGACUCGCAAUCACCCGACACAGCAACACAGAGAGCCGUCCAACAAAAACUUGAACAACUGAACCAGUUUCCUGACUUCAACAACUAUCUCAUAUUUGUCCUCACGAGACUUAAAACUGAAGACGAGCCGACUCGCUCUCUCAGCGGUCUGAUUCUGAAGAACAAUGUUAAGGCCCAUUACCAGAACUUCCCGCCAACCGUCGCCGACUUCAUCAAGCAGGAAUGUGUCAACAACAUUGGCGACCCCUCACCCCUCAUCCGUGCCACCAUCGGCAUCCUGAUAACAACUAUUUCCUCCAAGGGAGAGCUGCAGGCAUGGCCUGAGCUCCUGCCUCAGCUCUGCAACCUGCUCAACUCGGAGGACUACAAUACAUGCGAGGGCUCGUUUGGAGCACUGCAGAAGAUCUGCGAGGACUCGUCAGAGCUGCUGGACAGCGACGCUUUGAACAGACCGCUCAAUAUCAUGAUACCGAAAUUCCUUCAGUUCUUCAAACACUGCAAUCCAAAAAUUAGGUCCCAUGCCAUAGCCUGUGUGAACCAGUUCAUCAUUGGCAGAGCACAGGCCCUAAUGAACAACAUUGACACCUUCAUAGAGAGCCUCUUUGUGCUGGCAGCAGAUGAGGACUCCGAAGUCAGAAAGAAUGUUUGCCGAGCGCUGGUCAUGCUUCUGGAGGUCCGCAUUGAUCGUCUCAUCCCCCACAUGCACAGCAUCAUCCAGUACAUGCUACAGCGGACACAGGACCCAGAUGAGAAUGUAGCUCUGGAAGCCUGCGAGUUUUGGUUGACUCUGGCAGAGCAGCCCAUCUGCAAGGAUAUGCUGUCGGGACACCUGGUGCAACUGACCCCUAUCUUGGUAAAUGGGAUGAAGUAUUCAGAGAUAGAUAUCAUACUAUUGAAGGGGGAUGUGGAGGAAGACGAGGCUGUACCGGACAGCGACCAGGACAUCAAGCCCCGUUUCCACAAGUCGCGUACUGUCACCUUGCAACAUGAAGGUUUGGAGGGAGGGGACAGUGAGGACAUUGAAGACGAAGACGAUGAUGACGACGACACACUGUCUGACUGGAAUUUGCGAAAGUGUUCAGCAGCAGCGCUGGACGUGCUUGCCAACGUGUUUCGAGAUGAGCUGCUGCCCCACCUGCUGCCACUCCUGAAAGCGUUGCUCUUCCAUUCCGACUGGGUCGUCAAGGAAUCUGGCAUCCUCGUAUUGGGCGCGAUUGCCGAGGGCUGCAUGCAAGGAAUGGUUCCCUACCUGCCAGAGCUCAUCCCACACCUUAUCCAGUGUCUCAGUGACAAGAAGGCCCUGGUGCGCUCCAUUGCCUGCUGGACUCUUAGUCGUUAUGCACAUUGGGUCGUCUCCCAGCCCCCCGACUCCUACCUCAAGCCCCUCAUGACAGAGCUUCUCAAGUGCAUCCUCGACGCAAACAAGAGGGUUCAAGAAGCUGCCUGCAGCGCAUUUGCCACCUUAGAAGAGGAGGCAUGCACAGAGCUUGUACCAUAUUUAAGCUUCAUUUUGGACACGCUGGUCUUUGCCUUUGGAAAGUACCAGCACAAGAAUCUCCUCAUCCUCUACGAUGCCAUUGGAACUCUUGCAGACUCGGUGGGCCACCACCUUAAUCAGCCCGAAUAUAUUCAAAAGCUGAUGCCCCCUCUUAUUGCAAAGUGGAAUGAGCUCAAGGAUGAGGACAAGGAUCUGUUUCCUCUUUUGGAGUGUUUGUCUUCAGUCGCCACUGCACUGCAGAGUGGGUUUCUGCCCUACUGUGAACCUGUCUACAAGCGCUGUGUCACCCUGGUCCAGAAGACUUUAGCUCAGGCUAUGAUGUACAACCAGCAUCCGGACCAGUAUGAGGCUCCUGAUAAGGAUUUCAUGAUUGUGGCCCUAGAUCUGCUCAGUGGCUUGGCUGAGGGUUUGGGAAGUCACGUGGAGCAACUUGUAGCCCGGUCCAAUAUCAUGACGCUGCUUUUCCAGUGCAUGCAGGAUACGAUGCCGGAAGUGAGGCAAAGCUCCUUUGCUCUUCUAGGAGAUUUAACAAAGGUCUGCUUCCUGCAUGUUAAGCCCUGCAUUGCUGAGUUUAUGCCCAUCCUCGGCCUGAAUCUGAACCCUGAGUUUAUUUCGGUGUGUAACAACGCUACCUGGGCCAUUGGGGAAAUUGCCAUGCAAAUGGGUGCAGAAAUGCAACUUUACGUUGGAGUGGUUUUGCCGCACCUGGUGGAGAUCAUCAAUAGACCCAACACACCAAAGACCCUGCUGGAAAACACCGCCAUUACAAUAGGCAGACUGGGUUAUGUCUGUCCUCAGGAAGUGGCGCCACAGCUUCAACAUUUUAUUAGGCCAUGGUGCACGUCGCUGAGGAAUAUCAGGGAUAACGAAGAGAAGGAUUCGGCCUUCCGUGGAAUCUGUGUGAUGAUUGGGGUGAACCCAGCCGGUGUUGUGCAGGACUUCAUUUUCUUUUGUGAUGCCGUGGCAUCCUGGGUCAACCCGAAGGAUGACCUGAGGGACAUGUUUUAUAAGAUCCUGCAUGGCUUCAAGGACCAGGUCGGUCAAGAGAACUGGCAGCAGUUUUCAGAGCAGUUCCCUCCCUUGUUGAAGGAGCGUCUCUCAGCGUGCUACGGCGUCUAACAAGUCCACACUGGAUGCUGAACUGUUUGGUUAACUUAGGGAGGGGAUACCAGGGGACUCAUUGCGCUGCCCAGCAUAGCAGGGAGGGACGUGACGGGCCUUCACAUGGCAGAGGGUCCCCUCCCCCUUUCCUAGUGCCCUGUGUCUCUGUGAGGGAGGGAGGGUGGGAGGAGGGAGGGUAAACUUAGGGAUAUACGUAUACCUCUUGGAUUUCACGCCUCGCAACAAAAUCCAACAUGCUCAAAAGUGACUUUUACCAAUAGCACCACAGGGAUUCAAGUUGGUUGGUGGCAAAAGGGGGGGCUGACUUGGACCUCCCCCUCUUCAAUUUGAUUAUUUCAGAAUACUGUUGAAGGGAGGGGGUUGUCUUAUAGGUACACUAAAACUGAAUUAUCUGAACCAGCAUAGGGUGCCAUAGUCCCAAAUCUUCCCAAUGCACAGCAUAUUGACGCGCAUACAUCAGUGUGUUAAAACGGGCUUGCGUGAUUUUACUAUUACAAGGCACCUCUCGCUUUUGCCAGAGGCUAAACAAAACAUGCUUUUAUGUAAUAAUGCAGGAAAUGUGCAUAAAUGUAUUUGCACCUUUUUACAUGAAAUAUUGCAGAAACCCUUUGAUGUGCAUUUACUAGGGUCUUUUCCUCUUGUCAUCUGUACAUUUUAUGCUGAGUUAUGAUCUGAUUGGCUCUAAAAUGAUGCAUGUUGAAUUAAUAUCUGAGUUAUAUAGUCAUCAUUGGAAGGCUGCCGUCAUGUGUAGCAAUCAAGAUGUUCCCCCUACCCCCCUCCCACAUUUACAUUGGUCGUCAUCCUUAUUGUUGAAAGGUUGCGUCAAUACCAAUUAUGGGUAGAUGGAAACUUAUUAACAAAAGAGCUGAAAUACUGUAGGUAUGUUACACAUCCAUCUACUGCUUCUUAAUUUCUCAAGAACUUUCAAAACGGACAUGAGAGCUAAGCCGUUAAGAAUAACUAGGUUCGUACUGAUAUGAAUGCACUUUUUUUCCUUUUUAAGAAUUAUAGAAUUUUAAAGUAUGUACUGAUCUUGAGGGGAUAUUUCAGAUAAGGGAUUAUAGGACUGUCCGGAUUGUUAGUCAUUUUAAGCAAUGAUAAAAUGAUAGGUAAUACCCCAGGCCUCUUAACAUAGUAAUGAUUUAGCUUGUCCUAAAAUAAAAAUUGAAGAGGAGGGGCUAUUUCAGUAUUUUACAUCCCAGUGCAGCUCUGUAUCCUUGCGUAAUUUUUUGUCCCCCUCAAUCUUUUUUUUUUUUUUUUUUAAGUUUUGAGGCAAAUGGCAGUCAUUCCAAGAUGUCAUCAACCUUGCAUGCUUUCCAAUUAAGUGUUAGUCCUUUUUAGACAUUUUGUAAUGCGUCCCUUUUUGGAGGGAAUCUCGCUUAAGAGCUUUGUUGUUGGCAAUAUAACGUUCAUGCUGGACUAAUGGGCUACCGUUCCAGCUUUUGAUCCAACUAGUAAUAUUGACAGCAGACAUGUUAUUCCACCUGUUGACACUGUGUUUCUUAUGCCUGGAAAUACACUGAUCCCAAUAGUUCUACCCGACACUGGAUAGCUGGAUAGAGGGAUCUUUAUCCAGCUUUGUCUUCUAGCCAUUGUCCAUAGUGGACAAUUGUAUUGGAAGUGUGUAUGGCUUUUAGCCUGUGGGUGUUCCGCUCUAAAGGUGUGUGUACGCGAGUAUUGCUUACAUGUUGUUUUGCACCAGCCCGACCCUAAGGUUAUGUGCCGAGCAUAGUUGGGGAGGGAAAAAAAUGAGUGUGGCCAAUAACAUUUGCCUACCAGUUAAAAUCAGAUCAAGCUUCUGAUAGGACGACUAUGGUAAAGGAAAAUGUAACUCCAUCACAUUGUGUCCCUGAGUAUUAGCUAGCGUUAUGAAUUAAUUUUAUUUUAUUUUUUUUUUUUAUCAAAUGUUUUUGGUAUGUACUUUUAUAGCACAGUUGCAUUGGCUCAUUUAAAGCUGCUAAAGCACUCAAGAUGCUCACUAAUGGCAAUACUUGUUUGGUAAGCGAGAAUUGAGGCAAGAGGUGGUCUUUGCAUAUUGUGAUACAUGAAGUUUUUUUGUUUUGUUUUUUUUUUGUAUUAUUUUCAUGCUCGUGGUAUUUUAUUUAUUUUGUUUUUUGUGCGGUCUGUGCACAAAUUUUUUUUGGACUUCAAAAGUUUUUUUCUUUUUAUUCUUUUCGUUUAAAGAAGUAUUCAUUUUAUAGUGGACCAUUUAAUUACAUCAAAUUUGAUGUUGUGGUUGACUGAAGGAGUCUGGGCUUGGCGCAUACCUUAGGGAAGACAAAUCAUAACUGAUUAAAUAUGAUAUCAAGGCUGGCGAGUUUCACCUCCCUUUUUGUUUAACUGUGGUGCAGGUGGGAUGUUUGCUGAUGUACUCAUUUUUAAUUUUAUCAAAGGGGAAAAUAAAAGUUUUCUAUUA